AUGGAAAAGGUGGAAGACCUAUGAUGGGAAGAUGAAGUUAACGAAAAAUACCAGCUUCUCAAAAAGUUCAUGUAUUCACUCUGGGUGAUCGGGGUGAGCUUGCUGGUUUUCUUAAAUGUGUUUUUUGAUUCAUUUUUUGAGUUCUUACCAAUUCACCUCCCUUACCUUAUUAUUCAUUCUAUUGGCAGCUUUGGGACUUGGCUUAUCGGCACAAAAAGUGUAACUUACAAAUGCCUUUACUCAAUUCUUUAUUCAGAGUAUGCAGGUUUCGUGUUUUGAACGAUGGGGAAUUAUGAAUGAAGAGCUCACAGUAUGCUAUUUGAAAUGAUUUCUCUUAUCUUUAUAAACAGCUUUGAAUUGCCAUUUGUCAGGAAAGGAUUUUUUAAAACCCUUAUAAUUUUCAAGCAUAUUUUCCUGUGGUAUUAUUUGAAAUCAGUGACUGGUGAACAGGAGUUUUCAGUUGACCACAUGCCUCAUUUAAUUGCAUUCCUUACCUUAUUUCUUUAUAACUUGAAUUCAUACUAUCUCAAAGAAAAAUCCUUAAACCGAUUUACGUAUAGACGAAACCUGGAAAUCGCUGAAGAACGGCUAGGAUUAUUACUGAACUUGCACACUGAUGGAAUCCUGGUAUUUUCUGAGAGCUCUGUUUUAUACACUAACAUCCAUACAACCAGGCUGUUAGGAUGCAGGCCAUGCGAGAUAAUAAAUGAGCUCUCAAAAAUUGAAUACUGCAAUGGGAAAAAAUAUUCAAGCUUAACUAGUUCAAAUAAAUUGAUGGAUGAUGUCCAUCUUAUUCACGUUUUACCUGCUGGUGAAGAAGUUAUGCUUGGGAUAUGUCAAAGGCAAGGAAACAAUCUAGAGUGGAAAGGAAGGAAAUUGAUGUUUGAAGGGUCAGAGUGCGUACUGCUGAGCAUAAGGGAUGUGAACCAUAUGAUUCAGCUAGAGCAAACAAUUUCUGAUAACACUCUAAAGAAUGUGCUUUUAAGAUCUGUUUCUCAUGAGUUGAGAACUCCAAUUAAUGCUAUCACCUUCUUGACUGACAGCUUGAUUUGUGAAAAUAACACAAUUGAAAGGGAGCUCUGUAAGCUGAAAUUGGAUAUGAUUUCGCUUUCUUCUAAACUCUUGCUUUCUCUUGUUAAUGAUUUAUUAGACUAUUCCAAGAUGAUAACUGGGGCUUUUUCAAUCAAAAAGAGUUGUUUAAUUACUCCCUGGAGCGGAAAAAAAAAUUUUGUUCAAAGUUAAUUUUUUUUUCAAAAAAUUUCUAUAUAAAUUUUUUUUCGAAUUUUAAAAAAAUUCCAUUUAACAAAAAUUGAGCAAAUAGUUAUUUAAUUUGUAAAAUUUAUAUUUUAAAAGGCAAUUUUAUAUAUUAAACAGAAUUAUCAAGAGAUUUCAUCAUACUAAUUACCACUUAUAUAUAUCAAUUUUUUUUUCAUAAUAAAUUGUUUAUUUGUUCGUGGAGUUUUUUUUGAGCAAAAAAGGGAUUUUUCCAAUGGUUUUGUUCGUCACGGAGAGGGGAGUUAGAUAAUGCUUAAAACCAUAUACCACAUAAUCUAUCAAGGCUUCCAUCCCUACCUCAGAAAGCCUACCCACGAAAAUGGUGUUGGAAUCAAGGCUGAAUGGUCUUCUAGGCCUUCUGGAUUCGAUAGCUAUCCUUCCGAAUUUCGAACUUACCGCCAUCACAUAUGGCAUGCUAAAGAUCCCAGUCUCCAUUGGCUGAUGUUAAUGACAUACGUUUUAAUAUUCAAUUUCCCUAACGACAGGAGCCUCACACUGCAUAUCCUAGAUUCUUGCUUCCUGCCAUAGCUGGGAUAAAAUUACUAGAUAAAGGCAAGUAUUUAAUCAAUAUUUGUCAAAGAAGAUUUAUAUUUGGGAGAGCAGAGAUACCAGAUGACACGAUAUUUUUUUUCAUCGAAAAGGCAAAGUUCCGAUUAUACGAAGUCAUAAAUGAUGCUAUACAACUUAUCAAACUCCAAGCUGAGAAAAAAGGACUAACACUUAUUUUAAGAUAUGAUCCAUCCUUGCCGCAAUUUGUGUUCUCAGAUUCGCUCAGACUGAAGCAAGCUCUUUUGAACCUUCUCAGCAACUCCUUAAAGUUCACAAUAAAAGGAUCAAUUGAAGUUAUAUGUAUAAUGGGCAUGAAGGGAAAAUUAAAAAUAAAAGUUAAGGACACAGGAAUCGGGAUUUCUGAAAACAAAAUCAAUGAUCUUUUCAAAGAGUUCAAUACAGAGAGGCAUGAAACUCUGAAUCCUCAAGGAUGUGGGCUUGGCUUGUAUAUUUCCAGUAGAAUUGUUAAAGAUCUAGGUGGAGACUCAGUUAAAGUAAAAUCUCAAAUCGACGUCGGCUCUUCUUUUAGCUUUGAAAUUGAUAUUUUUGAAGAAAAUUCACUAGAUCCUCAUCAAUACGAAUCUGGAAAAAGUUUUAGCACAGAUGAGCAGAAUUUUAUAAUAUCUCCUCCAGAUUUCCAAGCACUGUGUACAGAAAAGGAGCCCACUUCUGUUUUAAUUGCAGACGAUAAUGAUAUUAAUAGAAUCAUGCUGGGGAAUCUGCUGUCAAAGUAUAAAAUCUCUUUUGAUGAGGCUUGCACAGGAAAAGAAGCAAUAAGGCUUGUUGAAAAAAUGAGCAAACUCAAUAGGCCAUAUAAAGUGAUUAUCAUGGACGGAAGCAUGCCUGAGUUAAAUGGAUGGGAUGUAUCAAAUCUUAUAAACAGAAUGUAUUUCGAAUAUGAAAUCAGCUAUCUUCCAGUUAUUAUUGGGUAUACAGCAUUUAACUCUGAAGAAGAAAUUACUUUGUGCUACCAAAGCGGGGAUAAUUAAAAUAUGGCGUCUUCGUCUGGGCAUGGCCUCCCGGCCAUGUAUACUCGACUCAUAUUUUUAUUAUAUCCGGCAAGAUUUUGCAUUUCAGAAACGGACGGCAAUGCUAGGUAAGCAAUUCUGGUUGUGCUCAGAGCCUAGCCCAAGUCUACUUUCGGGAAUGUUUUUUCCUCAUGGGAAAGGAGGCACGCAAGUUGGAAAGGGGAAGCUCAGCCAAGUCCGUUAGGUCCAAUCGGGCAACUCCCUAGCGUGAAACUGGGCGUUACGUCCCAGGCUUCGUGUUUUUCCUUUUUGCCGAAAGCCUACCAGAAAAUCCAUUUUUUAUGGAUUUUUUCGGAAUGGCAACCCAUGUCCUCAAGCGAAGUAGCUCAGUCAUGAGCCGCCUUAGUCGGCAACACUGUUCCGGAGGCGCGUACUGGAGAUCGAGGCUGAUUGGCCCCAGACGAUCGGCGGGCCCUAUGCGGCGAAGAAGCAGCGGGAAGCUCUGGGAGGGGUUACCCCGUGAAUGGCGUUAAACACAGAAUCUAAUAAGUUAAGUUAAGUUAAGCUACCAAAGCGGGAUGAGUUAUUGCUUGUUGAAGCCUUGUAACCCAGAUGAAUUAAUUUCCACAAUCAGGAAAUACAUUUAA